AUGUCAGUUGGAAUUACCAAACUUAAGGCCCCCUUCACGUGCAGUUUUGGACUGACGCUCCUUCAGUUAAAUCCAAACUCGCACGUGAAGGGCUUAAACAUGCCAGGUGUGCUUCAGUUGCGGCACGGAGCGAAGAAAUCAAAUCGUACUAAAUUCCUGGCGCGAACUGACAGCAAGAUUGGCUCCAUGGUUGGCAUCGAUUCGAGCACGGGCGAGCUCGUUACUAUAUGUGCAGGAGUUUUAAUCAAUCAACGAUACGUGGUGACACCGGCCGAGUGCUUGCUUAAAGAGAGAUUGCCGGCGAGGGUCGUCCAACUGGGCAUUUCCUACGGGGGAAGCAACGCGCGCAUAACAGAAACGACCCUAAGAACUUUUUACCUAAUCCAGAAGGAAGUCCUACACCCACUUUACGAAUCGAAAGCCUCCCAACAUAACAUUGCUCUGCUUCGACUCAAUCGAUUGGUGCAUUACACUGAAUACAUUCAACCGAUCUGUUUGCCUUUCCACAAGAAAAUCCCUUCACUUGGCAGCACGGUUUAUACGACGAUCUGGGGUAAAAUUCUCUUCGCAUCCCUACCACGAUCAAAAGAAACCGUGCCCUCCUCACUGAGCGCGAAUCAAUUUCUGAUUACCUCAAGCACGUGGAGUAACUCAACUAAUGACCUCUGCGAUGCAUACGUUGGCUCUCCGAUCGAGUUUAAGCAGAAUAACCAAUCGUACCUUUUGGGAAUACUCACGGUCAACUGCGAAGCGACUUACCUCAAUAUAUUUAACUACCGAAGAUGGAUCGAGGGCAACGUGCAGUCAAACUAUGAUGUUUGCACCACGCCGGAGAACGCGACACGUUGGUGUAUCCCCUUGGACAACUGCCCCGUACUACUUCACGCGUUUGCUAAUCCCAAAGAAAAAUAUGAGGACUAUCUAGGCGGGUACAUUUGCUCAAACGACCAACUCGGCGGAUUUCAGGUCUGCUGUCCCACAAGCUUGGAUUCAACCGAACUCCAGGCCGAGUCAACAGGUCUGAACGGCCUGUCGAACAAACAGUUCUGUGGCUAUCAACAUCGGGACGACUAUUAUUCGAACGACAGCAGCAUUGCGUUAGAUGAAUUCCCGUGGUUAGCGACUGUGCGCGCUGUUAAUCCGUUGACAAAUGUCGAGUACAUCGCGUGUUCGGGUUCGUUAAUUAACAAUCGAUACGUUAUCACAUCGGCGCGAUGCUUGAGUCGGCUACCGCAAACAGCUUUAGUUCGACUUGGCGAGUAUAACGUUUUAAACAAAACCGACUGCAUGUUUCUAACGGAAAUUGGUACCGAAGAUUGUAGCGAGUACGAGGAUUUUGGCAUUGAAACGGCGGUAGUUCAUCCGUUUUACGAUCCAUGGACUUACAAGAACGAUAUUGCACUCAUAAGAUUGAACGGCACAGUUUUAUUUUCUGAAACCAUCCGUCCGAUAUGUCUGCCGAUACCGUCUCUAUUUAAAAUAGCAGAUACGACCGACGAAUUUUACUCGUCAAGCUUUACCUCGCCAAAGCUAUGGGGAACGGAUUACAUGAAGAAGAAGCUGUACUUCUCGUUGACCGAGAAUGAGGAUUGCGAACAUAAGCAUCCAUUAACCCGUUACCAAAUGUGCCUGCGACCGAAAGCGAUGCCGACCGAUCGAUUUCUGUCGUGUUACGAUGACGAAGCCGCGCCGGCCAUGAUCUCGCACAGAGGCCAAUGGACGUUGGAGGGAAUUUCGACCGAGCGAAAAUCGUUCUGCGAUGCCUCCCAGCCUGUAGUUUUAUCGAAAAUAUCUUCGUACCUACCGUGGCUGCGUGAAAAUGUAUUGCAAAAUGUUUAAGUGACUCUUUUAAACAGUUCCAUGUUAAAAU